CUUAGUCAUUUUCGAUUUUGAGUUGUCAUCGUCAGCAGUUUCUCAUUUUCAAGUAAACAUUCGUCGCGAUCUGGAAAAUUGAUUGAAUUUAGUGUUUUGGACUACUAAAAUGACAACGCUUAACGAAACCUUGGUUCUAGCAUUGGAAAAAAGUAAUACCAAAGAAGGUUACGUGAUCGGAAUAGAAACACUUUUGCGGCUUUUGGACAAUAUCAUUCGAGAGCCGCAGAAUGCUAAAUUUCGCACCGUUCGUUUGGAAAAUAAGACCAUCAAGGAGAAACUGAUGGCUGUGGAUGGAAUGAGGGAUUUGAUGCUGGAAAUUGGUUACAUAGAAUCCAACGGCACCCUAACACUGCCGGCAACCGUAGUUAUAGCCAAGCUGCGGAAGUACCGAGAUUUUAUCUGUGAACGAAUGGAGUUUGUUAAAAAUCCUCCUUCCACCUCGACAGUGACUCUCGCACCAAUCAAGUUAAAAGAUUUACCUGUACAGGGAACGGAGAGCAGUAGUUUAUCGAAACCAGUGAUACGGGCGAGUAGACCGUUCCAGAAGAGAAUAGCAUUCACAAAGGUUUUAAGCACAAAAAUUGAACUGCUUCAACAGCUCGAAGUUUUCUCCGAUCAGGUCAUGCAGUACGAAGAUAAGGAACUGUUGCAAAGUGGAAGAAAUCUUGUUCCUCUGGAGUUGCUUCGUUUGAGGGCAAAGGAAAAAUUGCGAAGGGUCCAAAAAAUGAUCAAGACUGGAACGUUUAAUGACGAAGAGCCCUUGAUGGAAGAUUUAAUUCUGGAAGAGUUUGUUUGCUGGUUUAAAGCGAACUUUUUCCGCUGGGUGAAUGCAUUGCCUUGUUCCAUAUGUGGCAAUGAAAAAACUGAGUUAGUCAAUAAUUUAGUUCAAGAUGACGUUCGUGUUGAAGUUUACCAAUGUUGUAACCAGUUGAGCAGGUUCUUCCGGUAUAACGACGUAGAGAAACUUCUCCACACUCGUUGUGGACGCUGCGGUGAGUGGGCAAAUUGUUUCACAUUCCUGUGCCGCGCUCUGGGUUAUGAAGCCCGUUUUGUGUUUUCCACCGGUGAUCAUGUUUGGACCGAAAUUUACUCUAUUAGAAAACGUCGAUGGAUUCACGUUGACCCAUGUGAGAAUGCCAUUGAUUCGCCGCUGAUGUACGAACACGGCUGGAAAAAAGAAAUUUCAUAUGUGUUUGCAUUCUCUCAUGAGGAUAUCCAGGAUGUCACCUGGAGAUAUUCAAAUAUGCACAACAUCGUCCGAAAGAGACGUAAUAUUUGCACGGAAAAGGAGCUUCUCGAUACGAUUUUGAAACUGCGGACAAAGCGAAGAGGAAAUGUAUCGGAGGCAAGACUGAAAUAUUUACGAAAACGAACACUGGACGAAUGCCUACAGCUGUUGAAUACAAGACCGCCGACCCAAGCGGAGCUCGAAGGAAGGAGUUCCGGUAGUUUGGAAUGGCGACUACAACGUGGGGAAAGAAAAAUGAACGUCUUUUAUAUCUUCAUUCCAAACGAACAGGAGAUUCGGGCAAAACAAUUCAAUGUGAGGUAUUCUUGUGCGAGAGACGCCUACGAAAGGUUUCUCAAAAAUCCAUCUGGAACAGUUUCACUGGAAACAUCUAAAGGAUGGCAAAGUAGACAGUUUACUAGUGAAAAUAUUUUCCGAAAAGAGGAACACGAUUGGAAAAUGGUGUACCUUGCUAGACAGGAAGGAACAGAAGAAGCAUCUAUCUGUUGGAAAUUUGAUUUUUCUAUCCAAGGAUUGAAGAUUCAGGAUAUUUCAAUUACAUUCCAAACACAAACCUACGAAGGUGCUAGCAUUCAGAUUACUUAUCUGAUGGAAGAUGGAAAACCGUUGCCUUCGAUUCGCAGUCUCAUCGGAUUGGGAAAGUUUACAAUACAGGCAAAGCUGAGUGGCGGUAAAAUGUGGCAACAUUCGCAAAUUUUCCGUCAAGGAAAAUACAACGAAGACUAUCCCUUUGAACUGAACGUACAACUGUGUUGAAUUCCAUCGGUAGUUGGACACAGAGCACAGGCUUGCAAUAAAAAUAGUUUUAUGGAAUCGCAGGAAUUAUACAAGUAUUUUAAAAGCAAUUUAUGUUAAAAUUGAUACUACAUAGAUAUGGGAAUUUUUUUUAAUAAUUCGACGUUUUCUAGUCAGCUACGUUAGAAGAGCUUGAAAUAAUAGUAUAGUCGCGAAAGAUGCAUGUUGUUUUUUUUUAUUUUCUAUAGAAACAAACUGGCGGUUCGAAGAACAGAACGAGUUCGACGCUUGCUACAGGUAAAAAAUCCGUUGACGUUUGCUUCCUUCGAUAAAUAUUCCUCAUACCCAUGGCAAGUAGUACCAAUAAGUUUUAUGUCUGACUGCUAUCGACUGGAUGGUUACUAAGUCCGUUGAAAGUUCUAUCAGAAGUUGCGACACGCCGUUAGAAACUUAACGGUUGUUUUAAAAAGCGAUCACCAAGUAGCAAUUCAUUUGUACAGGGGUUCGACCAGCCCAGUAAUCUCUUAUGGGCUCUUGCGUUCGAGCUUUCAUACAAUGUAAAUUCAUGCGUGCAAAUUUGUGCGCAACGGUGAUUUUUAACGGAUUUUUACUUGUACGCUGUUUUUAAAAAAAAUUGUACUAGCUUGGAAGUCUGUUCUCUGUGGUGACUCGAGUUUAGUUAAGGGACGAAGCUGUCGUUUGCUCUUACGGUCUUUUGAAUAAUCAACCGGCGAUUCUAUUAAUGGGUAGAGAUUUUCCUAAACAGCCACAUGAUUUUCUUAAUUAUUAUCUAUGCAUGCUAUAACAAUUUACUAAUUAUUGUCUAUGCAUGCUAGAACGGGAUUUACUUUAGCCCGCGCCACUACGGAUCACAUAAUUGCGAUAAGACAAGUAAUCCAGAAGUGUCGUGAAUACAACUUUUUGACUUAGCUGACGAUAUUGAUAUUGUGACACGUAACCUUUAGAAGAUGACGGAAACCUACAUCGGACUGAAAGCUGAAGCUAGGCGUAUCGGACUGACCAUAAAUGCGUCAAAAACAACAUACAUGAGAGGAAGAGGCUCUAGAGAAGAAACACUACGCCUCCCACCACGAAUAUUGAUAGACGGUGACGAUAUCGAGGUGGUUGACGAGUUCGUGUACUUGGGCUCGCUGGUGAUCGCCGAUAAUGACACCUGCAGAGAAAUUCAGAGACGUAUUUUGGCAGGAAAUCGUGCAUACUUUAAACUCAGAAAAAACCCUUCGAUCGAGGAGAGUACGCCACCGCACGAAAUUGACCAUCUACAAAACGCUCAUUUGACCGGUUGUUCUCUAUGGCCACGAAACCUGGACUAUGUUGGCAGAGGACCAACCCUCAGUGUUUUCGAAAGGUAAGACGUAGAGACGGCGUAUAAAUCACGAAUUGCAACAGCUGCUAGGAGAACAACCAAUCGUACGGACAGCUAAAAUCGGACAUCUACGAUGGGCUGGGCAUGUCAUAAGGAUGUCGAAGUGAAAAUGGUUCUUGAAUCUAAUCCGACUGGUACAAGAUGAAGAGGAGCGCAGCGAGCAAGGUGGAUCGAUCAAGUGGAGGGUGAUCUCCGAAGCAUCUGUGUCUUGAGUGGCUGGCGACGAGCAGCCAUGGACCAAGUUAUGUGGAGACGUAUUCUUGAUACAGCAAAGGACACCCCAGGACUAUAGCUGUUAGGUAAGGUAAGUAUGCUAUACCUAUUCGCUUUAUGUAAAUCACCAAAAGUCUCUAUUGUAAAAAUGUCAUAAUUUUGUCUAAUGAUUUCAUCAUUUACUAAAAUGCGAACGAGGAAGGAAGUUUGGAUCCGAACUUUCCGGUUACUUCAAGACAGUUAAAAUUAUUAACUGAAUUUAUCUCGCAUUUUUUCUAUUACAGCAUUUAAAUAUACUUUGGAGAGGAUGUUUCGGAGAAUC